GACAAAUAACGUAUCCUCAUUUAGUAUACUUUCCUCAUGACCAUAAGCUAACACUUUAUUGACUGAGAAACGUUAAAAUCAUUGUUGCUGUUGUUAUUAUUAUUAUUAUUAUUAUUAUUAUUACAUUAAUGAUUAAUUUAACUUGCGAAAAAGAAAAACAAACGUAACAAACUUGUAUAAAUAAGCGAAACAAAAUACUUUUAAUUUCACGAAAUGCGUGUUUAUGUAUGUUUGUUAUCAAAAAUAUAUCAUCAGCCACCGUAUGACUGCAGAGUAAACUGUCACACGAAUGAAUGUUUCGAGAGAGAUAAACAAAUACUGUAAAGAAAAGCCAACACGAAUAGUACAUCGCCUCCUAACAACACAUUAAUACAACCUCCAGCGUGGCAUCCUCAACGCGACCGCUUGGCUUGCUAGAAAUAACAGCCAAUAAUCUUCCUCAAAUCAUCCUAUUCGGAAAAAAAAAUUAAUAAGGCGGGGAGUAUAUUGGUUAAUUAGAUAGACGAGAUGGUCAUCGAUGGAAUACCUUCCAUAAAUAGGUCUGUUCGAUCAUGAUCAAGAGUGAUCAAUAAUAUUAACCUUGAUUUUUCUGAGAAAACUUCUAUCCUAUCUGAAAUAUUCAAAGUAAUUUCUUUCUUCAAGGCACCGAAAGAAAUAUAUUUCUAAAUUUAUGUAUAUUUUCUCCCUGUCAACAGAGACAAUCACGGAUUUUCUUUAUGCUUUGUUCUUCAAUAGCCAUAUGACUAACGCCGCAAAAAAACAAAACAAAAAAAACAAAUAAAAAUAUAAUAGUAAAGUGAAGAUCAGCCGUGGUUACAACACGUAAACAACAACAACCUUUCUUCUGUGUUUACACAAAACUGCAUCUCAUCACAACGACAUUCCGGUGUUUUCGGCAGGAAGUCGGGCGUCAAAGGUCACGACGCAACUUCAAAAUGGCGGCAGGAAGAAUUGGAUUCAUGCAAUUCUUUUCCAAAGAUAAGAGUUUAUGGUCUAAGCUGGGAUAUGCAGCACAAUGCCAGACUUUUCGACCCAAGAAGCGGUUUGAACCUGGCACCAUGAAGUAUGAACUUCACAAACAGGCCAAUGCUUCGCUGAAUGCUGGCAUUGAUCUGAAAGAAGUUGUACGUUUACCACCAAAUGAAGAUAUAAAUGACUGGAUUGCCGUACAUGUGGUUGACUUCUUCAAUCGGAUUAACUUAUUAUACGGCACUAUAUGUGAACAUUGUACUGAAAAGACGUGUCCCACAAUGUCUGGAGGACCAAAGUAUGAAUACCAUUGGUGUGACGGAGUGAAUUACAAGAAACCUACAGCACUACCAGCUCCAGUCUACAUAUCAUUACUAAUGGACUGGGUGGAAAGUCAGAUCAAUGAAGAAACAAUAUUCCCUGUCACUGUCGGAGUGCCUUUUCCGAGAAAUUAUCUUCAAAUAGUAAAAAAAAUUAUGACCAGACUCUUCCGGGUGUUUGUUCAUGUGUACAUUCAUCAUUUCGACAAACUUAUUGGUAUUGGUGCUGAGGCUCAUGGAAACACAUGCUAUAAACAUUUCUACUAUUUUGUAACAGAGCAUAACUUGAUAGACAAGAGAGAGUUACAGCCUUUGAAGGAGAUGUCUGAAAGAAUCUGCAACUUGUAAAACCAGUGAAUAUUAAAAACACCACGUGUGCACACACACACACACACACACACACACACACACACACAGGCCAGCCCCUUCCCUCUACAUAUACACACAUACAUGCGCACAAGCGAUUCUGGCAGCCGUGGUGUAGCAGUAGAAAUCAAUACAUACUCUGUAACUUUAUUUUCAAAGUAACACAACAGAUAUACUUAUCUCAUUCUCUCUUACUUACACACAAACAUACAUGUAUUCAAUGCUCACAUGCAGACACACACACAUGCACACACUACAUGUCACAAUUGAUUUAACAUUUAUUUCUCUGCUAUUUUCAUUUUUUUUUUUUUUUGUCCUUUCUUCUCUUUAUCGCUUUGUGUUUCUCUCGACACUCAUGCCCCCCACUUCCUUCUUAAUUUAAUUAACCAAUUAAUGAAUCUGAAGAAUCACAUUUAUCCUAUUCUGUGUAACCAGUGCUCAAAACCAAAGAGGAAAAAAAAAACCCACAACAUAGGUAUAACAGUUUGGUCUCUGAUCUGUUUAACAUUUGAAAAAAAUUUGAUUUACUCUUUCACAUCUGUUUCCUCUAAAUGGACUGAACCUCAGUAAUUGACAUUAAAGAACAUGGCAUAUCACAUGCAAUCAGAGCAGGGGAGAACUUGUCCCCUAUCCAUUCUUUGUUUUCGGUUUAAAUCUAAGCUAAAUCAACUUCACUUUUCCAUCUUUCUGAAGUUUAGUACUGGAAGGGUUGAGGCUGUGUGGUGUGGGAACUCAGAGUUCAGUUUAUGAGGGAGCCUCUAUGUGGUCUCUUGAACCAUCAGAAAUAGCAGCUAAAUCUUUCUUGAAUCAGACCCUGCCAUCUUAAGCAGAGAAUGACAGGUCGGUCAUGAUCAGAAUGUUUUUCAUCAAAUGUCUGUUCAGUCAAUGAUGAUCAACAAAAGUAUGGGAAUGAAAUUUGCAAACCCAGGCUCAAAUUUUUUUUACCAUCAAGGUUGAUUUUUUUUGUAAUCUUGAUAUAAAACAAGCACAGGUAUUAUAAUAUAAUAACAACAAUAAUAAUUAUCAUUAUUAUUUUUAUUAUUGUUUUCAUUUGUAUCAAGUCAAUUCAAAAAUAUUUCUAUGCUUGUUCAUUUUGGCAAUGAAGUCUUUCAGGAGGGUGUUCAAAGUGUUUUCAUUGCCCCCUAAAAAUUUUAGUGGGUGCGAGUGCAUCCCCUGUUCCCGAGCCAACAAUGACCAAGGGUUAAUCAAAAAUAACUAAAACAAACAAAAACAGUGUGGGGAAGGGAAGGGCAUUGUAAAUCAAUGUUAAGAUGUUUUAAGGUUGCAAUCUGGCAGAAGCAUUAGCAUGCCGGACAAUAUACUUAGUGGCAUGUUAUGAGUUCAAAUUCUGCUGAGGUUAACUUACCCUCUACCCUGAAAUCGCUGGCCUUAUACCUCAAUUUGAAAACAGUAUUAAGUUAUUUCUAAUGUUAGAAAGAAAGUUGGUGGGGUUAAGUGAUAUUUAUAUUUCUUAAAAAAGAAAAAAAAAGUUAUUUAUUUAUCUGUUUUUUAUAUAUAUAUAUAUAUAUAUAUAUAUAUUUGUAAAUAUGGACAUUACGUAUAUUUGGGUUUUUAAAAUUUUUUUUCUUUUAAUUUGUAUCAGCCAUUGAGAUGAGGCCAUGCUGGGGCACCACAUUCAAUGGCUUUGUCAAUUAUAUCAACCCCUCCCCCCUCUCUUUGCCUGGUGCUUAUUUCGUCAUGCUUGUAAGACAUGGAAUGCAAAGCAGAAAUAAGCAUUAAAGUUUUAUAUAUAUAUAUAUAUAUAUAUAUAUAAAA